AUGACGACCACAAGUACCACAGGUACCACCAGCACUUCCUCAGACUAUAUCCCUCGCGGUCCAACAACCGCCGAACUCAUCUUCUACGCGCCUCCCCCGGACAACAGCGCGCCUUUUAACUACGUCGAAUCGCCACCCCCAGGCCAACCUCAACGCAACUACCUCGAAGUUACCAAAAGAGUAUCCCUGAACGACAUUCGCGGCCAUGAAUCCCAAUACAAUCUAGACAAAGACUCCUUCCAAGCCCUCCAAGGGAUCACCUCCUCCGCAACCUACUCAACCUUUGAUUCAGACGACGCCGUCCGCUCAAUCUACUACCCAGAAGUGGAACAACUCCUCCUCUCUGCAAUCCCAGGCUCUCACAAAAUCAUCCUCUUCGACCAUACAAUCCGUCGUCAAAAAGACGGCGCGCCCCGUCAACCCGUGACCCGCGCCCACGUCGACCAGACACCGCGCGCCGCCGCCGAACGAGUCAAACUCCACGUCACGGAUCCGGAAGAAGCCGAAAAACUACUUGCAGGUCGCUACCGUAUCGUCAAUGUCUGGCGCCCCUUGACCGUUGAACCGGUCCAAUCCGCUCCUUUGGCGUUUGCCUCGGCCGCGUCUGUGGACGGGAAGGAUCUGGUGCCUGUUGAGCAUCGGUAUCCGCAUCGGACGGGGGAGACUAUGGGCGUUCAGUAUAAUCCGGGACAGCAGUGGUUGUAUUGGUCUGGUAUGACGGGGGAUGAGAGGUUGUUGUUGAAGUGUUCGGAUUCGAAGGGGCUGAGGGAUGGUGAUGUAGCGCAGUGGGUGCCGCAUACUGCGUUUUGGGAUGAGAGGACGCCUGCUGGGGCGCGGGUCAGGGAGAGUAUUGAGGUUAGGGCAUUGGUAUUUGGCUGA